CACAGCGCCCCAAGCAGCUAGCGGUCAUUUAUUACUCGGAUUUAUGUUUCUAUAAUAAAUCACUACAGAUUAAACAACCUGGCGGCUUGAUUUCUGACGCAAGCGCGAUUUAGCGUGACGUGAAUCUGUUCUUUUGUGUACAUUUUCGUCAUUUCCGGUCAUCAUGUCGGCGGUACAGCGGAUGAAAAUGGCAAAUGAGAAACACAGCAAGACCAUAACACAGAGAGGGCACGUGCAGAAGACCACGAGGGUACAGGGAGAGGAGAAAUCUCCAGUGGGACCAUGGCUUCUUGCACUGUUUGUGUUUGUGGUGUGUGGCUCAGCUAUCUUCCAGAUCAUACAGAGCAUCAGACAGGGCAUGUAGGAUGCUGAUGUUUGGUGUCUGGGUGAUGGUCAAAAUGAAGCUCCUCCCACUAAUACUGACUGACCAAUCACCUCCUCCAGAGUUUACAUUAUAAUGGAGUUGUUGUUUCACUGACCCAGUGUGUUUGUGUGUGUGUGUGUGUGUGUGUGUGCAUGUAGUACUAUGCUAUGCAAUAUUU